AUGGAUCAACAGUGCCCACACAGUGCAGGGCUGAACCAGACGCUGGUCACUGAGUUCCUCAUCCUGGGAUUCUCCCAAAGUCCUAGCCUGCAGAUGCUGCUCUUUUCUGCCUUUUUCUGCCUCUACACAGCUGCCCUUUCAGGAAACCUGCUCAUUGUGGUGGCCAUCAGCGCCAGCCCUGCUCUGCACACCCCCAUGUACUUCUUUCUGGUUAACCUGGCCCUGGUGGACAUCCUCUGCACCUCCACCAUCCUGCCCAAGCUGCUGGGCAUCAUGGUAGCAAGGAGGACCAUCUCCUACGGGGGCUGCAUGGCACAGCUCUUCUUCUUCACGUGGUCGAUGGGAGCCGAGCUGCUGCUUUUCUCUGCCAUGGCCUAUGACCGCUACGUGGCCAUCUGCCGGCCACUGCACUAUAGUGCACUGAUGGGCCCCCCCAUCUGUGCAUUCCUGGCUGGGGUCGUGUGGGCCAUCAGCCUCACCAACACUUCAGUACACACAGGCCUCAUGCUGCGCCUGACCUUUUGCAGAUCCAAUGUGGUUGAACAUUUCUUCUGUGAGAUUCCUCCGCUUCUGAAACUCUCCUGCUCUCCGACUCACCUGAAUGAGGCCAUGGCCUUUGCCGCAGAUGUGUUCUUGGCCGUGGGAAACUUCUCUGUGACAGUCCUCUCCUAUGGCUUCAUUGUUGCCAGUAUCCUCCGCAUCCGGUCUGCUGAGGGCAAGCGGAGAGCCUUCUCCACCUGCUCCUCCCACCUGCUGGUGGUCAGCAUGUACUACUCCACUGUCAUCUACACCUACAUCCGUCCUGCAUCCAGCUACACGCUGAACAAGGACAGGGUGGUGUCGGUCAUCUACACAUCUGUGGCACCCACCCUGAAUCCCCUCAUCUACACUCUGAGGAACAGGGAUGUCAAAGUCAUGCUCAGGAGACUUCUGUCCUGCAGCUGA